AUGCGAAGCCUUAUAGCUAUCAUUGCCCUUGUUGGGCUCGUGGGAGGCGACUCAAUUAUCCUGGAAAAUGGAUGUCCGGGGGACAACCCGAAGAAGGCAUGCCGGAUUGAGCUGGAGACUUUGAAGGGAGCGCCUGGAGGGGAUUGCCCAUUGUUUUCGACUCCGGAACGUUCCUGCUCGGCCAAUUCGAACCCGGAAGAAUUGGCUACCGUACCACCAAUUGUCGAGGCCUCUACCCCCGAGGGAAUGACCACCGGCCGUACGGUAGAGCAGGACGAAAACGUGACCAUCAUCACCUGGACCGGGAACAAUGCCAAUGGGACCACGAUUCUGAAUGCGACCAGUAUUUGGAGCCGACCGCCUGGAAAUAUUACGAUAGCCACAGUAUCCAAAAAUGCCCUGCCAAAGGACGAGGAACUCCAGAAGGCGACCUGCGUCUGCAAGCCGACCGGAAUUGAUGUCAACGCAAAGGCUGCGAAUCAAUCAUUGAUCACCGCCCUGCUUUCCAACGCCGGAAACCGGAAAAAGCGAGACCUGAACACUCACGAAGAGGCGUCUGGACUUUUGAAAGUCAUCAAAGCCGCGCAAGAGCAUGUUGAUCAACACCUGGAGGAAGUGGAUGGGGUCCGUCCAAAACGGAUGAUGAACGUGGAAGACGCACUAGCCCAAUCCCCAUACGACGCUGAUGGCCAAGUGAACGUGACGAAGCACCAGCCGAAAAAGCCGAUGCGAUUCCAGAGGAGCCCUUUUACGGAAGAAGCAGAGGAGCUGGCUUCUGAGUCCGAAGCCACUGAAGCCGUUGAAGCGCAUCAGACUACGGUAACCGCCCCGACCUCAGAAACUACCGAGGCCAGGCGCCGGAAGCGAGAAGCCGAGUCCUACCUCAUCGAUUUUGAGCCCGAGGUUAAUGAGGCUUUGGAGGAACCGAGCUCUGGAGCACCAAAGACAAAGCGUGAGGUCGAAACGACUGAAAAUCCAGAUGAAGCCACUUCUGAAGCUUCGAAAGCUAAACGUUGCGCUGAAGCUAAGAAAGCGGAAGUCCAAGAGGGUACAUCUGAAGCUCCAAAAAUUAAGCGUGAAGUCGUAGAUGAAGUGGAAAGGUCCAAUUCCAAGCCCGACAAAGUAACUUCUGAAGCUUCAAAGUCGAAGCGCGAGGCUCUAGAUAAAAUUGUCACCUCCACUUCCGAGCCGGCGGCGGCGACCUCCGAAGCUCCAAAAGCAAAGCGUGAAGCUGGAGAUGAACUUGAGGGAUCGACCCUGAAGCCUGAGGAAGCCACUUCGGAAGCUUCAAAAGCCAAGCGUGAAGCUGAGACUGACGUUGAGGGCUCAACUAUUCCAGCUGAAGCGUCAACUCCGGGGAGGUCGAAACGAGAAACGGAGGUGGAAGUUGAAGCAACCACUGAAAAGCCGGAACAAGCCACUUCUGAAGCUUCGAAAGCCAAGCGUUGCGCCGAAGCUCCCAAAGCUGAUGCUAACCAAGGUACUUCUGAAGCCCCAAGAGCCAAGCGUCAGGCGGUGAGUGAGUCUACUGAAGCUACGGACCCCGCUACGACGGAAAUACCAAGAGCCAAGCGGGAAGACGAAGCUGAGAAAUCUGAAGUUACUAUAGCUGACGCUCGUCAGUUUACUUCCCAAGUCUCAAAAGCCAAGCGUCAAGCCGAGGAUGAAGUCAUCGAAGUCGAAAUCCCUCCAAUCAAGCGCUCAGCUCCGAACGCUACUAUUGACGAGCCAUGGGCAAGCGAUGACGAAAUUCCGGUUCAGGUUGUCGAAAACCCCAACUUUGAAACGGUACACGAACCCAGUGUUGAUAAUUCGACUACGGUAGCUUUGAACGUUACGGUACUGCAAGACCCGAUUGCUGAGAUUCUGAAUAGCAACCAGACUACCGUAGUCGAGGAGCAUGAAGCAGCCAUUUUGGAAGCGGAAAAUCUCCAACACGCUAAAAGAGAGGUAGAAAAUGCUCCAGCCAACGUGGUACCUGAGGAUGAGAUCACUGGAGCUCCAGAGGAGGAGAAGAAGAUUCAGAAGCGCUCGGCCCAAUUCAAGCCGGAAGCCAACUGGCCCUUCUUGAGCCUGAACUUCACAUCUCGAGUGCUUCGACUGACCGACAUCCUUGAGAAGACCUACCAACGAGACGGCACCGCCAACCUAACCCGAUUCGACGAGCAGAAGCUGCAAAAACUCGACGAGUUCCGCGAGAAAUUUCUCGAAAAAUUCACCCCCACCGACUCACCGCCCACUUUGUGCCAAAUUCUAAGCAAACUUUGUGAUAAGAUCCACAGGAAGGGUACGGUAGAA